CCCCUGUCAAUUUAAUCUUCCUCCACCAUUUCCCAGUCUCGAGGAAUCAUGCUCGUCGACGGUGUUGACAGAGACUGGGCCCUCGAGAUAUUCAGGGAAAGUCUAAGGACAUCUCAUCCUUCUCUUGUCCUAGAUCAAAAUCAAGAUGAUAUAUCUAUUUUGAUUAGCGAUAAAUCCGGCCGACACAUCCCGUCCGAUCCCGAGAGUCUUCAAUACCUACGAGACCUGAUUGCUUCCAUCCUCGACGGCCGUACCAUCGUUGGCACUUACAAUAUCGUUCUGUUAGUCGUACUUGCAUUGUUUGCUUUAUCCCAUCUCAGCGAAAGGAUAAAAGAGAAGUCCAAAUGGAGAAUAAUCGAGCAUGACUCUACAAAUUCAGAAUGUCUGAGAAAGAUAUCCGAUAAUUCCGAAAUCGCAAAUGAGAGCGAGGCCGAAUCCUCUUCUAGUAGUACUCUAGAAGGCUCUCUUUCAUCGCAUCUUAUACUCAAAACAACCGAUGAAGAUGUAGAGAGGCAACCUCUUCUCGGAACCCAGCGAAAGUCAUAUCCAGCAAAUUCAAGCAGCCGUUGGUUGAACACAAUAUGGUCUUUAUUGAUGUACCAACCCCGACCGAUCCCAUUCAUCAAUCGGACUCUACCAUCAAAUGGAACAUCCCUCUUCGUCUUAGCCUUCCUCGGCCUCAACGUCUUUUAUCAAUUCUAUAAACUUCCUCUAGAGUUGAGAUUCUUCUUUUCAUUUGCCGAUAGAGCCGGUAUUAUUUUCAUCGUUAAUCUCCCUCUUCUUUAUCUUCUUGCCGCCAAGAACCAGCCAAUCAAAUUACUCACCGGGCACUCAUAUGAAGCUCUCAUCAUCUACCAUCGCCGCGUCGGCGAAUUACUGUGUUUUGAAGCAUUUGUACAUUUCGCAGGUAUGCUGGUCUGGAGACUCUGGAUUUCGCCUCCAUGGCUAGCGACCAACAGCUUUUAUAGCUAUAUCACACACCCACUAAUCCUGCUUGGGAUCGGCGCGUUUGUCGCCUAUGAAUUGCUGUACUUCACGUCCCUUGGAAGUUUUCGCGAGAGAUGGUACGAGAUUUUCCUAGCUUCUCAUGUCGUAUUACAAAUCGCAGCGUUAGCGUUCCUCUGGCUGCAUUUCUUCACCAGUCGACCAUAUGUGUUCGCAUCCUUGGUUAUUUUUCUUGUUGAUAGACUUGUCUGGCGAUUGUGGAUGAAGUCAGAUAAAUUCACAGCGGAUAUUACGAUACUAGAUGAUGAAGAAACAUUUCUCCUUUCCGCGGAUUGGGAUAUACCCCCUUUAAAACGCCGUAUGUGUGGAGGUCCUUCUCGUCAGAGUAUUCGGCACGGCUGGCAUCCGGCCGACCAUGUAUUUAUUUCGGUCCCCGUCCUUGGUCGCAGUUACUCGCUUCAAGCUCACCCGUUUACGAUCGCUUCUGCCGCUCCUUUAGCCGACAAUGGGCAAUUAUCGAAUCAUGCUUGGUUAAGCUUACUGAUCCGAGUGCAAUCUGGCUUUACUUCCAGUCUUUUAGACCAUGCUCGCAUAAAUUCCAGGGUGACGGUCCGCUUAGACGGCCCAUACGGAUCCCAAGAUCCUCUCAAUAUGCUAAGAUCAUGCGAAAAUGCCGUUCUCAUCGCUGGAGGGUCUGGAAUUGCCGUCGUCUUCCCUAUGGCGUGGAGUCUGGCUACGAAUCAUCGCGGACAGAGGUCGGUCCAUCUUAUCUGGGUGAUACACUCACGAACUCAACGUUCUUGGAUACCAGAAGAGAGGAUCGAUGAGUUGCGAGAGUCCGGGGUACACGUAACCAUCCCAGAACCAACUAAUGAGGCCGGUAGGCCUGACAUCCCCGGCCUCAUCACCGAUUUAGUUGCUACCUCAGAAGGGAGAGUAGGAUUUGUAGUUUCAGGACCCGACGGCCUCAAUAGGACCUCACGGAAUGCUUGUGCAGAGGCCGUCAAGUCGGGAGCUGAUAUUCAACUUCGAGUUGAGAAAUUUGGCUGGUAAGGGAUCGGAUAGGCGUUUUGUAUUUUUUGGGUAUUAUGAAGAAUGCAUUAUGACACAAGAUGUAGGUACCAGGAUACAACAAGCAAGGUGUAACAUGGCGUCGAGCCUAGAGGAUGAUAAAGACACGGCUCACUUAUAGAGGUUCUACACGUUAGAGGAUUCUGGACAGAUCAGACACGCAAUGGAUGGGUAUGAUAUUAACAAGGCAGGUAUAAUACUACAUGAUACUGAAUAUGGA